AUGACCACCCCAACAACCAGAAAUUAUGCGCUCGAGACAUCCAUGAGGAUGUUCGGAGCAGCGGCCACCAGCGAUAGGAUGCCGCGCCAGUAUGGUUUUCAUAUUUGCCGAAAUUCAAAUUCUUUUAAUAUUGGAUUUAUGGGAAUGAAUGAAGCAUCAUUGGGUGCUGUAAUACAUUUACGUACGACCGAGGAACAUCCAUUUUAUAUAAGUAAGAUAAAUAUUAGAUUUUUAGGACAAAAAACAAGAGGAUGGUCAGAACCUUACAAUAAUGAUUUCGAAAUUAAACGUAACUUUGAGAAAAUAUGCGAUAUCAAUGUAAACUUAUGGACAAGCGACGAAAACGACGAAUUUAAAAAGUUGCGAAAUUGGAUUUACCAUUUAACAUUCCUUUACCCACCUUCAAUGACUUAUUUACGUAGGGAUAAUAAUUGA